GGAGUUGGUAUCCCCGUGCAAGGAGGUUGGCGAGGCCUCGGGGAACUUCCAGUUCAGCGAAUCCGUUAGCUUUCCUCCACCUUAGUCACUUCCCCGUGAGGCACUCCGUGUUUGUGUACACGGUUAUUCCACGUGUCUGUCAGUUCAUCGGGCGCAUCUGGAGUCAUUGAAAACAGUAAUAGGAAGUCAGACAAACCCGCUUGAUGCAAAAAUUCAGGAGGACAUUCGGUUUUUAAGGAAACAGUGCUGAGGUAAGACCAGGCUGGAGCUCUUUGGAACCUGAGACUAGGAGGGUCUCACUGUGUUGCCCAGGCUGGAGUACCGUGUUGUGACCACAGCUCACUACAGCGUCAACCUCUCAGGCACAAGAGAUCCUCCCACCUCAGCUUCCUGAGUAGCUGGAACUACAGGGUUACUUUCUCAGGUUUUGAUGGAAAUCAAGAAGAUACCAGUGGAAGAGGGGCUGUGCACGACAAUCCCUUGUGCAUUUGAAUUUCCCAAAGAACUCCCAAGCAGUUCCAUGAUCAUGGGCUACUGGCUCAACAAAAACGUCAGCUCCCUUGUAGCUACAAAUAAACCCAAUUCUACCGUUGGUGGUAACACCAGGGACAGAUUUUCCAUGACUGGGAAUCUUGAUGAAGAAGACUGUACCCUACUCAUCCAUGAUAUUCUCAAAGGGAACAGUGCGACGUAUUUAUUCUAUGCAGAUCUAGGAGAACAAAAAAGUGCUUUCCUGGGGGAGAAUAUCAAACUCUUUGUGUCAGACCUAACCCAAAAGCCAGAGCUCCACAUCCCAGAGAUUCUUUUGGCUGAGAAACCUGUGACCUUGAACUGUACCCUCAAAGGCACCUGCAAAGAAAUCCAAGCCCUCUUUCACUCCCGGAAGAACCCAGCCGUCUCCAGCAGCUCCUCCUCGGUGCCGCACUUCAUCCUGAGGCCUGAGGACCAUGGCAACACCCUUGGAUGUCACUUGAACUUCUCCCUAGCCAACGUGACCAGAAGUAGCUUGGUCAAGCUCCAAGUGGUCUCACCUCCCGGGUUGUUCAAUUCCUCUUGUUCUUUGGAGAAGACAGUUCUGUGCAGCUGUUCCUUCCAUGGGAUCCCCACGCCCUCCGUGCAGUGGUGGAUGGGAGGUGUCCCUGUGGAUGUGAACAGCAUGGAUAACAUCCUCCGGGUGACUUCUUCCACACGUGUCCCCUGGGCCAAUAGCACCAUCAGCCUCAUCGGGGAGCCAGAAAUAGUCAUGAGACUUCGCUGUGAGGGGAAGAACCAAUAUGGAAUUCACACUUCCAGCUUCUUCCUGAUACCAAAUAAGAAAUCAGUUUCCAGUAUGUUCGUGAAAGGAUUAAUUCAGGGCAUUGUGUAUGGAGCCAUUGCAUUCUCAUUGCUCUUCUUCUGCCUCGUCCUCUUGUUAAUGAAGAUGCUUAACUGGUGGGAGGAACAUCAGAGUCCCAAGACCAAAGAAGGCCUGACCCUUAAGAAACCAGAGCUGCUGGAGGAACCAGAAGUAGCCAGAGUGCCUGAAGCUGACAUCCCACCAGACCGGCCUGGAGAAGUGAGGGAGGAGCUGAUACUGAUGGGGGUCCGCUUCCUCUCCUCUCUGAAGGACACGCACAGUGGUGACAACGUUCCUGAGUUUGACUUCAGUCCUGAUGCCCCACCUUUGAAGGGUCGUGGGGACUAA